GGCGGCGGCGCGGAGCGGCGGGGAGAGCAGCGGAGCGGGCGGAGAGGAGACGGUGGGCAGAGCCGGGCCAGCGCUGAGCCGGGCCGGAUGGGUGGCACGGCAGGGCCAGGGCCCGGGGACCCCCGGGGCGGCUGAGCCGGCCCAUGGCGGCGGGCGCGGGCGCCUUUGCGUGGGCCGCCUUCCCCGCCAUGCCCACGCGGCGCGUGUACUGCAGCGCCGUGCACCGCGACGGGCAGCUCUUCGUGCUGGGCGGCUGCGGGGGCGGCGGGCGAGCCCUGGGCGCCGCCGAGGUGCUCGACCUCCCAACCCAGCGCUGGACCACGCUCCCACCGCUGCCCACGGCGCGGGCCGGUGCCGCUGCCCUCGCCCUUGGCAAGCAGAUCCUGGUGGUGGGCGGCGUGGACGUGGCACAGAGUCCCCUCGCCUCCGUCGAGGUCUACCAUGUGGAUGAGGGCAAGUGGGAGAAGAAGGCGGCGCUGGCUCAGCCCUCUAUGGGUAUCUCAGCUGUGCAGAGAGAUGGGGCCAUCUACGCGCUGGGGGGAAUGGGUGCGGACACCUCUCCCCAGGCACUGGUCCGUGUCUACGAGCCAGCGAAGGACCACUGGCAGCCCCUGCCCUCUAUGCCCACCCCCUGCUACGGGGCCUCCGCCUUCCUGCAGGGCAACAAGAUCUUCGUCCUGGGGGGCCGGCAGGGCAAGCUGCCCGUCACCGCCUUUGAGGCCUUUGACCUGGAGACGAGGAGCUGGACGCGCUACCCCUGCGUGCCCAGCCGCCGCGCCUUUGCUGCCUGUGCCAUGGUCGAUGGCGUUGUCUUCAGCCUGGGGGGGCUGCAGCAGCCGGGGCCCCACAACUUCUAUUCCCGUCCCCACUUCGUCAACACCGUGGAGAUGUUCGAUCCUGCACAGGGUGUGUGGAGCAAGCCGAGCCGUGCCAUCCGCAUGAGGGAGAAGAGAGCCGACUUUGUGGCCGGCUGCCUGGGAGGAAGAGUGGUGGCUGUGGGUGGCCUCGGUAAUGCUGGGCGUAGGGAACCAGUCCUGUCCGCUGGACUCGGUGGAAGGGUUCAGCCUCUCGCAGAAGAAGUGGGAGCCGCUACCCCCCAUGCCCACCGGCCGCUGCUCCUGCUCCAGCUGCCCGGCACCCAGCUUGCUCUUCGUCAUCGGCGGGGUGGCCCAGGGCCCCAGCGGCGCCGUCGAGGCUCUGUGCCUGCGCGAGGUGCCCUGAGCGGGGCCCCGGGGCCCAGCCCCGGCCAUGCACCAAGUGCCUGAAGACGGGGACAGGGUGUGUAAGCACCCGUGCGUGCGGGUGACCCGGUUCCGGGGAGCUGCCGUCCUGUGACGCCAGGUGCCGGAGCUGCUGCAGUUUCUUGCCAUGCUUCGGAAACCCCUGUCGGCUCCUGCACCGCUGUGGCAAUGGAGCCAGGGGCAAAAUCCUGCCUGGCAGGAAGGUCGCGGCCAGUGGCGCGGAGGGAGCGGUGGCAGCAGGACUGUCGCUGGCCACGCUGCCCUGUCUGGCCCCGUCCGUGCUGUGGCAUGUCCGUGCCAUGUGUGUAGCAGUGAGUGCUGUGUCGUCGUAGACCCAGUCGAUGUCUCAUGUAGCACAGAGGUGCCCGGUAGCUCAGUGCCUAGGAGGUGACUUAGCACCUCGAAUAAAUGAAACACAUGGAAUUUUA